AUGACCUCCAGCGCCUUCCUGCCGCGUCCACCGGCCGGCCGGGAGAUCACCCAAACCUCUCACUUCUCCCUGGGCCCCGAUCCGCGCUUGCAAGUGGGCACCCCGCAGACCACGUCGCACCGACACUUCCCGGCGCACGACGUGACGCCCUUGGUGAUGCUGAGGCCCAGGGCGUCGCGCCACCCCUUCCUGCCCACGCUCCCGUCCUGGGCAGUGUCCCAGGCCGUGGCCGAGGCUGUGUCCGAGGCGCACGGCGCGUUCACGCCGCUGCCCCCGCAGCAGCCGGCCGACGGGCAGGCUCUGGUCCAGGCGCGGACACUGGCCAUGCAGAGCAGCCACGUGCCCCUGGAGGCCGACGCGCGCACCCGCACGGCCGUGUCCACCGCGCGCGCCGGCUACGGCUGGCUGCAGCGGCCACCGCGCGACCAGGAGCUGGCCCUGACCCAGCGCCUCGUCUUCGGCCGGGACUCGAUGCCCAAGGGCGACCUCUCCAAGCCGCGCCUCCUGGCCACCACCUACCAGGACUUCUUUCCGCCCUAUCCCUCGUGCCCACACCUGCCCCCCCACCCAGAUCACGCCAACCCCCUCCAGUGGGACCGUAGGACCCAUGACGAUGAGACUUCCUACAAGAGACAGUUCUUGGCCCCGGGAAGCCCUCCGGCCUUGAUGUGUGCGAGGGCCACCUCCAGCAUCCAACUGGGAGAUGUCAAGCUGGGCUCUGGACCCAUGUGCUCCGAAAAGAAAGAAGCUUUCGUGCCUCAGGGUCUGCCCCCAGACAGAUAUGACAAGGCUCGGGCAUAUGCCCAGGUCCACUUUGUCCAUAUUUGUCCUGGAGAUGACCUCUUCCGUGGUGAGACCACUAAAGCACUACACUUCAAUGCCCAGGAGCCAGAGCGUUUUGUUCUCCACCACGAACAUGCCCCACAGUCCCACAUCUUGGAAGGAAACAGGCAUCACGGUCCAGGCAGCUUCACCACCACCACAAACCUCUGCCACGGCCAGCCCAUCACCAUGGCCUGCAAGCCGGGAACCCGCCACGUGCCACACGAGCAACUGCAGAGUCACGUGAGCCUGGGGGAUUCGAUGCUGCUCAAGAAGUUCUUCCAGACCACCAUGGGAACCGACUACGCCCCCUCGGAUACAAUCAGGAUCCCCCUAGAGCCCACCCUCCACCUGCUGGAGAGCAAUCUACCCAGGGGCACUGGUGAAACAGAUUUCUUAACCUUGCACCAGAAAAUGAUGAAGCCACACAGACCAUGUCCAGCCACCAUAACUGAGGAGCAGCUUCAGAGGUGCAAGUACAGCCACAUAGAACCCCCGCUGGGGACAGAGCGCUUCCUGUCCACCCUUUACAACCACAAGUACCCCUGGAAAUUCGAGGGCCCCGCAGUGCUGGCUGUGGGCACCAACCAGGAGAGCCACCUGCCCCUGGGCACCAUGCAUCAGCGAAGCUGCCUGGCCAACAAGGUCAACCUGCAGGCACAGCAGUUUCCCAACUACCCUUGCCCCAGCCAGCAAUAA